AUGAGGGUGAUCGCCCCCAACAGACCCAACAGCCCUUGGACCUUGGUUGCUGGCAGGAUCCGUCCCCAGUAUAAAGGAUCAGGGAAAGGAGAAGUGAGGUCACUGAGGUAUAAGUCCCGUACACCGCAGACCAUGAGGAGCGCCCUUCAUACCGGGCUCACCUGGCUGUGCAUUGCAGCCCUGACCGCCUCUCUUCCGAUAUUAGAAGAAGUGGACCCUGAUGAUCAGUCUCCUCCACUAACCAGCCCCGAGGAAGAUAAUUCGGAGGAUGUUUUCUCUCGAAUCUUAAGGAUCAACAGAGGCUCCACUGUGAAGCUGUACAACGGGGAUAUUGUCCUGGACUCCACCUACAGUGCCACCACGUGUACCGACUGCCUGUGGACCAAGUCAGCAGAUGGGAAGGCCAGGGUGGCCUACACCCUCUCAUCUGAGUACAGCAUUAUGGAGAAGAUUUUAAUUACCGAAGCUUUGGAGACCUUCAACACAAUGACCUGCAUCCAGUUUGUAGAGAGGUCUACAGAAGAAGACUAUCUGAAUAUAUUCUCAGGAAAUGGGUGCUGGUCAUCUAUCGGGAAGACUGGAGGUUCCCAGGACCUCUCUCUGAUGAAGGGAGGGUGUAUGGUAAAGGGUGUUAUACAACAUGAGAUCCAGCACUCUCUGGGCUUCUUCCAUGAGCAGAGCCGCAGCGACCGAGACAAGUUUGUAGAUGUCCUGUGGCAGAACAUAAAUGAAGCUGACUGGGCUGAGUUUGAGUUAGCGGACACGAACAAUAUGGCGCUCCCCUAUGACUACUCUUCAGUUAUGCACUAUGGGAGGUAUUCCUAUUCCAAUACAUCGGAGCAGGCGAGCCUCAUCCCCAAACCAGACCAGUCUGUGGAAAUCGGGCAGAGAUACGGGCUGAGCUCACUAGACAUUUACAAGGUUAAGAAGCUCUAUGACUGUAAUGAGUGCAGUUAUUUACUCACGGGGAUCAAUGGCUCUCUGGACUUCGCUGCCUCCAUGUCAACGUAUUCUGAUGCCACAAACUGCCUCUGGCUUGUGAGAGUGAACAGAAACAAGGCGUAUCUGCAGUUUAACACAUUUAAUGUGUCACCCUCUGGCGAAUGCACUUCUUACAUCACGGUGUACGAUGGUUCCAGCAAAGACUCCCCAUUGUUGGUGGACAGGGCAUGUACUGACCAGGAGCUCCCCCUACUGGUGGCAUCUGGAAGUGCCUUGCUGGUGGAACUUGUGCGUGAAAUCUCUCUCUCAUCCUCUAAUUUAAAGGCUUCCUAUAGUUUAGUGGACUGCGGAAGGACCUACACCAGGGACAAUGGCACUGUCACCUCUCCUGGAUUUCCUGAGCCUUACCCAAACCUGUCCAACUGCAUCACAACAAUAUGGGCUCCCAUUGGGUAUCAGAUUGUCCUGAACUUCACAACGUUCGAUCUGGAAUUCUCUACUUCCUGUCUCUACGAUUACCUCAUUAUCAAUGAUGGGGGAAGGAUGGAUUCUCCUCCCGUGGGCCGAUAUUGCUCCAACGAUCCCGUCUCCACCAUCACUUCCACAGGAAACGUUCUACUCCUACAAUUCCGCACCGACAACUGGUUCAACAUGGCCGGCUACUCAGCGGACUACCAUUUCGUGCAAUCAUCAUAG